AAGCAAUAUUCGUAGGUUUUCUGCAGAAUACCAAAUUAUACGCUUUGCCGCUAUCAAAUGUGAUGUUAUCUCAAUCUAAAUAAUAAGAAUUGUUGGUUCCCCUCCGUUGUAUUACAUUGCUUUUUACAAUAAUUCCGGGCUAUUCUUCUCGGGGCUUUGGUGAAAUUGAACAAGAUCGUGUCUUUCAAGAGGAGCCACCCUUUUCCAAGCGCUUAAAGGUUGCAUUAGGAGCUGUCCAGAGAAACAUGGACGACGGAUGCAUUUCCGAUCCACUAUUUCAGAUGUGACGACAGCAUUUAGAUAUGACUUCAUUAUGGCUUACGAUUCCGCUCGUUUUUAUAUCAAUUUUUGGCAUUGUAGUCAACACCUACAUCCUACUCGUAGUUUCGUUCUCCAGACAAGCAACCACCGCGAAUAAUUUACUUUUACUGCAUCUCGGAGCUCUGAACGUAGCUUUAGGGAUCUUAUUCCUCCUCUUCGCUGUUCCUGGACUAUCAAAUUACGAGUGGCUAUCGAGUGGAGCUCCGUGCCUUCUGCAUGGAUUUUUCUUUACAAUUCUUCAUCCACUGGUAUUGUGGACGAUCUGCGGAUUAAACGCUGAUCGUUAUUAUGCAAUAGCUGCACCUCUGCAUUACGGGCAUUUAGUUAAUCCGAAAAAAGUAUUGUUAUGUUUAGGUGUUGGUUGGGUGAUAGCAUUAUCCCUGUCCGUUCCUCCUUAUUUCACUAUAGCUCCUUAUACUUUUAACAAAGCUUUAGGGGCUUGCGUUCCCGAUUUCUCCUCCGGACAAGGUGCUAUUUGGUACUCGGCAGCUUUCACGGCUUUUACUCUUCUCUUGCCAAUUACAUUAAUUAUUUGCUGCAACAUCAAGAUCUUGAUGAUAGCUCGUUAUCAUCGGCAUCGAAUAGCAUCGGCGAUUUACGAAGUAACUUUAUCGGCUCAAGUGACGAUAACUCAUCAACGAAAUCCAUUUUUCGUUCCUACGGUAACGGCCCCCUCGGCGGGAGGCCCCAAAUUCCGCUCAAGAUCUCCAAUUUCCACGGUCCUCCAACUACUAGGCUCAUUCCUCAUCCUCUAUCUACCCUAUUACACUAUAAUAUUAUGGGAAUCAUCAAUAACUUUCUUAGUGAACUCUAACACUUCCGAAACUCACCCCUCCUUCUACCGAAUAGUUUUAGUCCUCCUGACCUGUUCGCCCUCGAUAAACGGAUUCCUAUACGGGCUGAAAAACAAAAUGCUCCGCAAGACAUUCCAGAACUAUUGGAGGAAGAAGCUAACGAAGAGCGAAGUAAAUCAUGAGAUUCAGGCAAGGACACCGUCGACGUGCGGUUCGCGCCGCCAAAGCUUGACUCCUUUAGGGUUCUUCACUCGUCCGAGCAUCCCCAGACGAUUAUCAGAAGCCUUCCUCGAUCCGCACAAGGUGUCCAGUCCUUCGAAACCUAAGAUGAAACGUAUAGCAUCCGAACUCACCUGGCGCCCUUCGUCUGCAAACGGCCUACAUUUUACCGACGAGAAACGAAUACCUCAAGCCAGUAGCUGCAACACCUUACAAAUACCAAGGCAUGAUGACAUAGAUGACUUUCAGAAGUUAAACAACAAACCGACUGUAAGCACAGCCAACUUGCUUCUACAAAAGUUCUUCGGAUUGGAAAACGAUAAGAAAGUAAUUGAAACGGAACCUGAAGUGACACCAAAGAAAUCUCCUCGCAUAUUAAUAACUCGAGCUCUCUCUGAAGACAGCGACAAAACUCACUCAAACGUAAAUACCCCAUCCAAGCGCAUCUCCAAUUCAAGCACUAACUUAUUAGAAAAGAAAUGGAGACAGAUCAAGUACAAGGAUUCGGAAUACGACAGCGAUGGACCGAAUUCCAAAUGCAAACCUUUGCUAGACAGAAGCAGCGAUUCUUCAGAAGCUUCGGAAGGUUCAAGCGGACUCUACAUGAAUCUGGAUGAUCAAGCAUUAAUCGGUUGGCCUAACAGCGAGAAUUCCGAAAUGUGGUCCAAAGAAGAUGAAUUUGUUAACUGUAUCAACGUUCAAUCGGAGAUCGUAUUGUAGAGAAAAUAACAUUAGCACACCCCUCAGUCUAUUUACCGCUUGAUUUUCAUUUUAUUUUCAUUGUGAUGUCUCGAUGUGAUAUUAAACUAGAUAUUUAUUAAGAAGCUUAGUGCGAUAAAUAAAUGUGAAACUCUAUUUUCCAAAUAUAUUUUACUAAAUGUCUCUCUCACCUGUUGCGUAAAUACUCAAUGUUUGGAAAUGUAACGUAAAAUGGAAAAUAUUACAGUUAUUCUCUUUUUAUUCCUACGCCAAAAAUGAAUAGAUUUUGCUUAUUCGUACAGGGUAUAAACAAAAUAAAAUGAACAAAUAUUUAAUUAACCUCUGGAUGGCAAACUGUAACAAUCAAU